UCUGUAUUGAUCUUCAUGUUUUGGGGGCCAACGCAGAGACACGAUGAUGACAUUGGAUGUGUGGCAGCCUUGCUCGCUCUUCGCUUCUCGCAAUAAUACAGCCUGUUGAUUAAUCUAUUCCAUCCUGUUGUGACGCGACUGUGUCUCCGAUGAUUGUCAACACCAAGACACCUCAGCUCAACGCAAUUGAAUUGACUUGACUUGAAUUCACCGCUCUCUCCCAUUGCCCAUCACCCCGUCGCGAUUCAAUCCCAGGUUCCUGCACAUUGCGUCCUCUCAGGCAACCCACCCAUCAUGUCUUCACCAUCCUCCCUUGGCUCGGUCCUCGUCAUCGGCGGUUGCGGGGGCCUGGGUUCUCAACUCGUCAAGCAGCUCCUCGAAUCCAAAGAAGCCACCUCCCUCUCCGUCCUUGACAUCUCCCUUGAACGCAACCGCGUCUCAGGUGUCACAUACUACAAGGGCAGUGUGAGCUCCCGCGAGGACGUCCUGUCCGCAUUGAACAAUGCGCAACCCAAGGUCAUCUUCCAUGUCGCGUCCCCGCACCUGAUGCACCAGAGCGCGACGCCCAAGCUCUUCGAAGAGGUCAACAUCCUCGGCACCCAGAACCUGCUGGAUUGCAUCUACGAGAGCGGCGUCCCCAAGGUACUGGUCUACACGUCCAGCACAGGCAUCGUGCACAAUGGGUACACAGACAUCAUCAGAGCGACCGAGGACGUACCCAUCUGCUUCUUCCCCGAGCAGACCGAACCUCUCCAGUACUACGCGCACACCAAAGGCAAAGCCGAAGUCAUGAUCCGCGAAGCCAACCGCAAGCACGGCCUCCUCACCGUCGCCCUGCGCUGCACGACCCUCUACGGCGAAGGCGACAACACCACGAUCCCGCAGAUGGUCGGCAACGCGCAGUCCGGGCGCGGCAAGAUGCAAGUCGGCGACGGCAAGAACCUCUUCGACUUCACGUACACAGGCAACGCCGCCUACGCGCACCGGCUCGCCGCGCGGAAACUCCUCGCCGUCGACCCCACACUCCCUCCUCCCCCUACAACAUCCGACGACCGCAUCGACGGCGAGGUCUUCUUCCUGACCAACGACGAGCCGUGGCCAUUUUGGGACUUCGUGCGCGCGGUCGGGACGGCGGCGGGGUGUGGCGUGCGGCGCGAGGAUGUGCGCGUCACGCCGAUUUGGGUGUACUACGCUAUCGCUGUCGUUGCGGAGUGGGCGGUUUGGCUGUUCACGCUCGGGAGGAAGGAAUCGCAGAUCAAUCGAAAGAUGAUACGGUUCUUUAGCAUGACGAAUACGUUCAACGUGACGAAGGCGAAGACGAGGUUGGGGUAUAAGCCGCAGUGGAGCACGCAGGAGGGUAUCGAUCGUGCGGUCAAGGCGUAUCUCGACAGCGAGGAGAAGAAGAAGGAGGGGAAGAAGAGUAAGUAG